CCGGGUUAUGCCCGUCCGUGGUUUUUUUUGUCUAUUCCAGGUGUGUGAGGAGUUUUGUAAAAACUGAGGUGGAAGGCGUCUGACUUUGCUCAUGAACUGUCCUUAAUGCAGGAUGCACCCAGACCUGUCUCCUCAUCUGCAUACCGAAGAAUGCAAUAUUCUUAUCCAUUUGCUGAAGGAGUGUCACAAGGAGCACUCCUUCCUGAAAUUUUUUGGGCAUUGCAAUAAUAUUGACAGUGAAAUGAGGAAAUGCUUAAAGAAAGAGUACCAAGUGAACAGAGCCAAGAGCCAAGCACAUGCAGAACGGAUCAGACAGAAACUGCAGAAUUGUUCUGAAGACUAGUCGGUUUGGCGACACAGCCGAUUGGACAUCAGUUGGACAGCUAAAGGAGCUUGUCAGCUCAUGUCUUCUGUACACUUGAAUGCAGGAAACUAUUUAUUCAAAACUCUUAGUAAUAAAAACGAUUGUGGUUGGCUCCUGA